AUGGUGGCCGAGUACAGCGACGUGACCUUCCUCACGUUCUUCUUCACGCGGCUGGAGCGGAACCGCAGCGGCCGCUACGAGCGCGAAUUCCCGUUCGUGUCCCGCUGCGGCGCGGAGCGCAACCUCCUGCGCUGCGAGCACAGACCCAUCGUCUUCACCCGCCUCCUGCCCCCGGACGCCUCCUCCUCAGCCUCCUCCUGCUCCCGCCGCGCCGUGCUGUCGUUCUGCGGCGGCGGGGAGCGGCUGGCCGUGCCGCUCCGGCCCGAGGCGCUGGUGAUGCUGCCGGAGAACGGGCGCUUGUACCACCCGGCGCCGGGCCGGGCGGGGGGCGCGGGGCCGGUGCGCUCGGCGCUGGCUCUGGAGUGGGGGUCCCGCUUCGAGUACGAGCAGGGGCCGGAGCAGCCCCCGACUCACUUUUGGUGGGAGGGGAAGAGGUAUCGGCUCAUGGGGGAGCUGGUCUCUGGCAAUUGA